ACAGUCUUAAAAUCACAAAUCCAAACUCACCUCAAUACACAUGGUCUAAUAAUAACUCAAAAUCACGUAUAGAUCAAAUUUGGAUUUCACAUAAUUUUGCUCAUGAUCUUGCUCACACAAAAACUGUUGAUUAUACAUCAAUUUUUUCAACAGACCAUAAAUUAAUAUGGUGUGAUUUAAUUAGGGAUGUUAAACAGUCCCAAAAGACCAGCGGACUGAUGGUCUGUCCUUGGACUGGACUAGUCUUUUCUCAAAAAAGACCAACUGGUAGUCUUGCAGUCUUUAUCAUGUGA